CAGUAAAGAGCACGCUAAGAGGUGCAAAAUCUGAAUAUAUCAAAUCUCAAACUCACACAAAUAAAGAAAAACACAGAAAAUCUCACCCAUUUUCUCUUAAUCACUCUCUCCUCUCCCUUUCUCAGUUUACUAUAACUUCAAAGCCAGAAAAAAAGCACUCUCUUCAAUCCUCCACCCCAUCUCCAUCGUCCAUUCAGUGGACUUUCUCCAAAUUCUCUCAAAAAGUCAAACCUUUGUCAAAACCCAGAUUACAAACACACCAUUGAAAACUGAAAAGCUUUCUCGUAAGCCACAACGAGGAUCCCUUCUCCUUCUUUGAUCUCCGUAGACAUCGAAGAACACAAAAGAAAAAGAAAGUUUUACUUUAUUUUUUCCUUUUUGGGGUUUUGUUGCUUUUGUCCUAGGAAAUAAGAAAAGUUCAAAAUUGAUAACAAAAGGAAGAAGAAAAAAAGAAACCCUUGAGUGUCAUGAUCAGAUGUUAUCGGCUAUAUGAUAAGAGACACCAUGAUCAAAACAGCCAACGGUAUGAUUUCGGCAUCAUCUUCAUCGGCGAACGCUCAAUCGCCGGGUUUGAAGACUUAUUUUAAAACCCCAGAAGGUCGAUAUAAGCUUCACUAUGAAAAGACUCACCCUUCUGGCCUUCUUCACUAUGCUCACGGCAAAACUGUUACUCAGGUUACCCUAGCGCAUCUGAAGGACAAACCAGCUCCAUCAACUCCAACAGCUUCAUCGUCCAGCUUCAGUGCUAGCAGUGGGGUAAGAUCAGCAGCAGCGAGGUGGCUAGGUGCUGGGAAUGGGAGCCGUGCACUUGGCUUUGUUGGUGGGAAUGUUGGGAGUAAAAGUAUUAGUAGUAGUAGUAGUAGUAGUAGUAGUAGGAUUGGGUCAUUAGGUGCUUCGAGUUCGAGUAAUUCCAUGACUAAUUCAAAUUUUGAUGGGAAAGGAACUUAUUUAAUUUUCAAUGUUGGUGAUGCUAUUUUUAUCAGUGAUUUGAAUUCUCAGGAUAAGGAUCCAAUAAAGUCUAUCCAUUUCAGCAAUUCAAACCCUGUCUGCCAUGCGUUUGAUCAGGAUGCCAAGGAUGGGCAUGAUUUGCUUAUUGGGUUGAAUUCUGGUGAUGUUUACUCAGUGUCACUGAGACAGCAGUUACAGGAUGUUGGAAAAAGGCUUGUUGGGGCACAGCAUUACAAUAAAGAAGGUUCUGUCAAUAACAGCAGUCACUGUACUAGUAUUGCAUGGGUUCCUGGAGGUGAUGGUGUUUUUGUGGUUGCUCAUACUGAUGGAAACAUGUAUGUGUAUGAAAAGAACAAGGAUGGUGCCAGUGAUUCUUCAUUCUCUGUUGUCAAAGACCAAAACCAAUUUUCUGUUUCUCAUGCACGUUACAGUAAGAGUAACCCAAUUGCAAGAUGGCACGUUUGUCAAGGUUCAAUUAAUAGCAUUGCUUUCUCCUUUGAUGGGGCCUACUUAGCAACCGUCGGAAGAGAUGGUUAUCUGCGUGUUUUUGACUAUUCAAAAGAACAGCUUGUAUUUGGUGGCAAAAGUUAUUAUGGUGCUCUACUAUGUUGUGCUUGGAGGUUCUGUAUUCUUGUUUUAGACAAACUAUGUAAACUUGUUAUGGAUGGGAAAUAUAUUCUGACCGGAGGCGAAGAUGACUUGGUUCAAGUUUGGAGUAUGGAGGAUCGAAAGGUUGUGGCACAGGGUGAGGGGCAUAACUCAUGGGUUAGUGAAGUUGUGUUUGAUUCGUAUUGGUCUUCACCUAAUUCCGAUGGCGGAGGGGAGACUGUGAUGUACCGGUUUGGCUCUGUUGGUCAGGAACAUUUCUAGAGGUUGUGGUUGCCUCCUUUUUCUACCUAUGCCCCAGUUGGCUGUUUCCAGGAUGGAAUAGCGGUGGUAUAGUACAUGGGUCGAGUAUAGAUUGUAGGAAAUAUUUAGAUUUUAAUUGUAUGAAACUCUAGGUCUGCAUCGGUUACCAUACAUUGUAGGUUACUUGGCUUAGGUUCUUGUUUAAAUAGCAUCUUGUGGAGCCCCAAGUCCCUGAUAUGUCGACAGAAAAGGUUUAGAGAUGGUUUCUCUCUCUGUAGACUAUCAAUAAGUAAUUCCCACUUUCUUGUUGAGGGGGACAACUAACUGCAGGUUUUAAGCAUUAAUUAAUAUAUUAGAAUUGAAGUUAGGCUCUGAGAAUCUAUGUUACUCAGACUGAAAGAUGAGUGUCAAACAUGGAUGUUGCAACAUGCGGGCUUGUAGAACCCGACUGCCAGAUGAAUUUAAAAAAAAUAUCAAAACAAGGAGUCAUAUCAAUCUUUUUUGAUUAGGUAAGAUUGGUCACCUAAUUUUUUUUUAAAAUAAAACUUAAAAAUAGUUUAAGAUAUAUUAAAAAGACAUAUUUAGUCUAUGAAAAAUGAAGUUGGGUUUGGAAGUGCAGUCAUACGUGAGGAAUGAUUAGCACCCCACAGCACCCGUUUUAAAAACAGUACCAUUUAAACGCAUUUCAUCCGUUGGUCUUGAUAAAAAUGGUCUUAAUCUUAAUAUUUAGAAAUAAUCCCUCAAAUUUAAUUUAUUAUCAUAAAAUCCCUUUUCCAUUUGUAAAGAAAAUGAUUUAUAUUAUUUUGGAUUAGAACAAAAACCUUUGAUUUCGGAACAUUAUCUAAAUUUCCCAAUUUUUAGGUGGAAUAUGGCAAACAUUCUCCAUUUUGGGAUUUCCAUAACAAUCCUUAAAAUCAAAGAUAUUUUUUCCAAUAUUUAAGGUCUCAAGAAUUAUUUUUACUUAGGAUAUAUCUUAUUUUAUUUCUAAAAAAAAACUUCCCCGUGUUUAAAACCAUUGAUUGCCAUAAAAUGAUAAAAUUCCUGUGAAUGCAAUAAGUUAAACAAUGUCAAUACGAAUUAAAAUGCAUGUAAAUACAAUAAACUGUGUAAUGCAAAUGGCAAUUAAAAUGCAUGUAAAUGCAAUAAAUUAUGUAACGCAAAUGCCAAUUAAAAUGCAUGUAAAUGGAGUAUGAAACAAACAAAACAUGUGAAUGUCAAUUAAAAUGCAAAUGAAUGCAAUCGGAAUCAGGGUUUUGGGUAUGGAUUCAAGGCUUAGGGUUAACUUUAGGGUUACGGUUUAACUAGGGUUUAGGGCAAACCUAGGGUUUAGGGUAUAACCCCGAGUUCAAAUUUAGGGUCAAGGGUUUGGAUUAGGGUUUAGAGUUAAAGGCUUAGGGUUUGGAUUUAGAGUUUAGGGUUUUGGAUUUAGGGUUUGGGUUAAGAGUUUAGGUUUUUGAUUUAGGGGUUAAGCUUAGGGUUUCGGAUAAAGGGGUAAGUUUUAGGGUUUUGUUUAGGGUUUACGGGUUAAAAAUGAGCAUCGAUGGUAAUUUAGAAUAAAACUGAAUGACAUUGAAAUCUUACAAAAAAUGUGACCUAACAGAAUCUGGAAUUUCAAAUUGGAAAACUGAACAACUCCUCAAAAAACUCAGAUCUAGCUCAAAAUACAUUGAAUUUUGCUCCAAAAUUUUAUGUAGAAAUAGCUAACUCAGAUGAACAAGUAUUAAAAAGCUUGGAGCAAAAUUAAACCAAAUUGCAGCUGAAAAUCAUUUAAAACCAAAGCUAAAUUGAAUCUAGAAAUCAGCAAAUAGGAUCUGGAGUAGCAUCCAUUCAAUCUAGAAAACUCUCAUCUCGUAGAAUUAGAUUCAAAUUUUAUGGAGAUGUAACUAACUGAUGUAUGAACAUGUACUAAAAAGCUCGGACCAAAUUAAAAACAAAAUGUUAUUGAUCAUUAACCAACAGUAAAUACAUCUAAACUUGAAAACAGAACAGCUGAACAAUUUCAAUUUAAGCUCAAAAUACAAGGAGUUUAGCUCUAAGAUUUGAUGGAGACCUAGUUAACCGAUGUAAGAACAAGUGCUAAAAAGAUUGGAGCCAAAUAAAAUCAAAUUGUGUAAGAAAAUUAAACAAAACUGCAACAACUCAUAACCUGGAAACAAAGUUUGCUGAUUAAGAACAGAUUUGGGAAACCAUCAAAUUGCAAGCUCAAAUCAACAAAUUUAAACUUCAAAUUUCUUGUGAAACUAGCUAACUAAUAGAUGGACAAGUGACAAAAAUCUUACAGCAAACAAACAUCAAAUGGCAAGUGAAAAUUAAUAGAACAGUACCUUAACAGUGUGGGAAAAUAAAAUAAUAAAAAAACUUUGCAUGGAAAGCAAAGGUUUUAAAGCUUUUAAAGACAAGAUGAACAUUUAAUUAUAAGGUAAGAUGAUUUAGGAAUGAAAAGACAAUGCAAAACUUGAAAAACAGUAGUUCAAAAUGCAUAAAAGAUUCUUAAGAUAUGGAAGAGACUACAUGUAUGGGAAUGUAUUUUGCAUGGGAGAAAAGAUGGAAAAAGGGAUAAAAAUGCUACCUUCCUUGCUUUCACCAUUUUUUUUUCUCCCUUUCCUCUUUAAGGUGCUGUCACUUUUCUAAUGUCCAAGAGAGAAAAAUCCAUUCAUUAGCACUAAAGCUUUCUUUUAAAGAAACCUUCCUCCUUUUCUAGUCAUUAGAUCAAUGUACAUCAAUUGGGGAGAUUUGUUUGGCAUUUUUCUCUAAAACUUUAUGAAGAAGGUUUUGAAUGUAGGCCAUUGGAUUAAGGUACUUUAAUCUAAGGUUGAAAAUGCUCCCUACAUUUUUUCAUCUUUAUGUACUUUUCUUCUUAGCCUUUAGAUUAACAUCUAUCGAGGGAGAGGAUUGAUUUGUCUUUAUGUGCCAAACUUGAUGAGCAAGGUUAUGGAUGUAGGCCAUUGGAUUAAAGUACUUUAAUGAAAUAAUUGAAAAUGCUCCCAACAUUUCUCAUCUUUUUGUGAACCAUUCAAUUUUACAAUGUGAAAUGAUGAUUUUGCCCCUCUUAAGCGAAUUAGGCCUUUUUGCAAUUUUCAUUUGAUUUUUCCUUUCCAAUGUCGAUCUUUUAACUUUAUUAAUUCGAAAAAAUGAUAGUGGGAUCUCUAAACCUAAAUUCGUGUUCAUAUAAAAAAUUUAACUUCGUUUUGACCAAGUUUACGGGUAUGUUCCUAAAGGGAGUUUUUGGACUUGGUGGCUCGUUUGAGACUAAAAUUUGAUUUUUGAGAGCCGAAAUAAAAUUAAUUAAAAAUUAUUUCCAAUUUACUCGAUUUUCAAGGUUUGACUAGAAAGCAAAGUUCGCGCUAAUUGUAUACUUAGUGUAAGCGAGCUCUUAAGGUCACAUCUUUGAAAUAAAAUCUAGUUAGAAAAGGAAUCCAAUUAGAGAUAAGCUGCCCAUGAGCAUCAUGGCAUAGGUAAAGGGAACGAGGAGGCAACCCCCCCCAUCUUCCACAUAUCUUGCUCAUCUGACAUGGCAUGAAUCACCUAACCUACACUAAGGAAUAGUAAUGUUUUGAAAAACACAUGAUACAUUAAAUGAAAGAUGCUAACAUAAUAGUUAGAGAUGCCUUCAACAAAGAUCAUAUGGCCUAAUUGACUACAAGUUGAAUAAGCUAGGAUCCUCUUUAGAUCAUUUUGAUCAAGUUUGAUCCAAGUUUGACCGAUGGGUAUUUUGUUCAAAUGCAUUUUUUAAUCAAAUCUAAGGUUUUCCAUGAAGUUUUAUAAAAAUUUGACGAUUUGGCUUGGGCUAAGAAAAUUGGCCGGGAUUUGAUCAAGUUUGACCAACUUUGACUAAAGCUUGAUUGAUGGGUAUUUUGGUAAAAAAAGCAUGUUUUGAUUAACUCUAGGGUUUGUCCAUGAAGUUCUAUCUAAAUCAUGCGAUUUGGCUUAAGUUGACAAAGUUGGCUAGGGUUUGAUCGGGUUUGACCUGUGGAUGACUGAAAAUUUGACAAAAAAUUUUCAAAGUUUUGAUGCGUGGAUCAACCUGCGGUUUGGGUUUCAACAUGGUUCAAAACUUUUUCCUUGAUUUUGACCUUGAAAUUGAAGUUUGACCAAGUUGACUUUGACUUUACCUUAAUUUUGAUCACUUUCCUUUAGUGUCAAGUCCAAAAAUCAACUUGUUCAAAAGACUCAAAGUGCUUGUAGGGUUCAAAACUUUUUGGACAAAGACCCAAGUCUUGCUUCUAAAAGCCAAAGUUUGACUGGAAUGUGCCCGGAAAAAAUUAUGGUCUUAAUUUUUCUUAGGGACAUGCAUCGUUGGGACAAAUAUUCAUAUUUGCAUCCUUGUAGAAGCAUUUGCAUCGUGAAAAAGAAAUGUACGUCUCCAUUAUUGGUAAAGAUCUUUGCAUUUACUUUUUCAUAUUUGCAUUUGUACCUCGAAAAGUAAAUUUACGGGUAAAGGGAUCUUGUAUUUGCAUAUUCACAUGGAUCAUUGGUAUCGUGAAAAAGACAUUUGCAUUUGCAUAUUUGUGUGGAACAUUUGCAUCAUUGGAAAAAGCAUUUACAUUCGCGUAAUUUGCAACUUGUAAAAGACAUUGGCAUUUGCGACAUUGAUAGAAUCUUUUAAGGAGGCAUAUGCAUCAUCUUUGAACAUUUACAUUUAUGUAAAAGGUUUUAUCAUAAGAAAGGGAGGCAUCUGAAUUUGCAUGAAUAUUUGCUUUUGCGUCUUUGUAAGGGGAUUCACAUCUUGAAAAGGAAAUUUUUUGGUAAGGAAUUUUGCAUUUGCAUUUUUGUAGGAUAUUUGCACAAUGGAAAAAAAGUUCACAUCUUCAUUGUUGAAAAAUUUUAUGCAUUUGCAUCUUUGUAAAGGGUAUUUUCAUCAUGAAAAGGACAUUUUCAUGUACAUUAUUGAUAAGGAUUUUUACAUGUCUUGACAUCAUUUGUAUCUACAUAAAGACAUUUACAUUUUUGCUAUUGUUUUGGAAAUAGACGUGUGGAUCAUAGUUGCAUUUGCCAAAUUUGCAGACAUUGAGGAAAAGAGUUGUAUAAAAUUUUUUUAGUCCUAAAAAAAUGAGAGAAUCUGUCAAAAAA